AUGUCUGACGUACAAACGCAACCUCGACCCAAGACUCUCAAUUUCAUCACGGGCAACGCGAACAAGCUGGCCGAGGUCCGCGCCAUUCUGGCCGAUGUUUCUGGGGUACAGAUGCAGAGUCGCGAUGUGCCCGGGUUGAGUGAGAUCCAGGGCACAAUCGAGGAGGUCGCGAUAGAUAAGGCGUCCAAGGCUGCUGCUAUGGUCAAUGGUCCCGUCUUGACGGAGGAUACGGCACUUGAGUUCCAAGCGUUGAAGGGCUUGCCUGGGCCUUACAUAAAAUACUUCCUCCAGGCGCUCGGUCAUGAAGGUCUCAACAACAUGCUGGCUGCCUAUGAGGACAAGACAGCGUUUGCCGUAUGCACAUUUGCGUACUGCGCCGGACCCGACCAUGAACCUAUCCUCUUCCAGGGCCGGACGCAGGGCAAGAUCGUGCCGGCGAGGGGGCCAGGGAUAUUCGGCUGGGAUGCAGUCUUCGAGUAUGAGGGCCAGACAUACGCUGAGAUGGAUAAGACGGAAAAGGUAGGCGAUAUCACUUUACCCCCGAAUAUUCUGCCUCAUUCUCCUGCAGGCCCGACUUUCUGUCGUUCCAGCGUUAACCUCGCUCUUGCGCUUCCUCAUGUCAACCCGCCCCUAAGCAAGUUGUUGACACCGAGACAACCAUUGACUGAAUUUCCUCCAACAGAAUAA